AUGAAUAAAGAAGAGCCGAUACAAGAUGAUGAUGCGCAGCUUGCUGCCAUGGGCCAUAGGCCUGAGUUGAAACGACAGUUCUCUACAUGGGCAAUGCUAGGACUGGCUUUUGCUGUACUCAAUUCAUGGACUGCUCUGUCCGCAAGCUUGUCAAUAAGUCUUACUUCUGGUGGUAGCACCAGUGUGAUAUGGGGUCUCGUCACUGCGGGGUUUUGCAAUUUGUGCAUCGCAACUUCCUUAGCGGAGUUUCUAUCCGCUUAUCCAACAGCUGGUGGACAAUACCAUUGGGUUGCAGUCAUUUCCUGGCCAAAAUGGGUCCCUAUUCUCUCCUGGAUCACAGGUUGGAUCAAUGUUGCCGGAUGGGUCGCCCUAGUAGCUACCAACUCGCUACUUUCGAGUCAAUUGAUCGUUGGUGUAAUCUCAGCUAUGCACCCGAGUUACGAGUCGACUCGCUGGCAACAGUUCCUCAUCUACGUUGGUCUGACUCUCGGUGCGUUUAUUAUUAACGCUUUUAUGAACUCGAUUUUGCCGACUAUUUACCGUGGCGCUUUUGCUUGGUCUAUUGGUGGCUUCGCUGUGGUAUCCAUUACAGUCUUGGCCUGCGCCGCGCCGGAUUAUAACACUGCCUACUUCGUUUUUUGCAAUUUUGUCAACAGUACAGGUUGGCCUGAUGGUGUUGCUUGGCUUCUUGGACUGCUGCAAGGAGGACUCGGCGUAACUGCAUUUGACGCGGUUGUUCAUAUGAUCGAAGAGGUACCGAAUCCAUCCAUCGAGGGUCCAAAGAUCAUGGUUACUUGUGUUGGAAUCGGUACCGUUACGGGAUGCAUCUUUUUGAUCGUGCUCCUAUUCGUGGCUGGAAACAUGGAACAAGUUGCUACUUCGGCAGCUGGACCUCUUUUACAGAUAUUGAUUGACGCAACUAAAAACAAGGCGGGGGCUAUUUGCCUUCUGAUGCUGCCCCUCGUCUGCUUAAUCCUUGCGAUCCUCAGUGUGAUGACUACCAGUAGCCGAAUGAUUUUUGCUUUUGCCCGGGAUGGGGGCCUUCCUGCCUCUAAGUUCUUUGCCAAAGUCCACCCUACGCUUCAGUUGCCUCUGAAUGCCCUCAUCUUAACCGUGGUCGUGGUGAUCUGCUUCGGAUGUAUUUUCCUCGGCUCUUCCAGUGCAUUCAACGCUAUCAUCUCCGCAUCUGUUGUCGCACUCGACUUGUCGUACGGUAUUCCCAUCCUCAUCAACUGCCUCCAGGGACGCAAUGCACUUCCUGAGAGAAAGUGGAAACUUCCCCGUGCCGUGGGUUGGUUCACCGAUAUUGUCUCAUUGUCGUAUAUCGGCCUCACCACUGUCUUGUUUGUUUUUCCUCCGUCGAGCACCGUUACCGGCAGCAGCAUGAAUUAUUGCAUUGCCGCUUUCGCUGUCAUCAUCAUUAUCUCCGUCUUCCAAUGGAUUGUUGAUGGGCGGAAAAACUAUACUGGUCCUCGUAUUGAUUUGGGCCCUGAAUAA